CUUCAUUAUUAUUGGGUCCCGGUGAGAACAGGACGUGUGGUCUUCUUGUCCGCUGUAGAGCCUGCCCCGGGGUCAGAGAAAAGAGGUUAUAGCAGAAAUCAGCGAAUGGUUCUGAGGCUUAAACUAUCCUUAAGAAGAAAAAGGAAGAAUAAACAUGAGUGAAGAAGGCAAUGCCCCACCUCCUCCACCAGAAGAGGGCGCUGCACAAGGUGCUGUGCCUCCUCCUCCUGCAGAAGAGGGCGCUGCCCCGCCUCCUCCACCUCCUCCUCCUCCUCGUACUCCUCCUCCUCCUUCACCUGCUCCAGCUGAAGGUGCCCCUCCAGAAGCUGAGGCUGCUCCGCCUCCUCCUGCCCCUCCAGAAAAUGCCUCUCCCGCUCCGGUAGGGGCCCCUCCAGAAGAGGCGGGCGCCCCCGCACAGGAUGGAGGAGCCCCUGCAGAGGAGGGAGCCGCCCCUGCGAGAGAACCGGGAGAGGCUCCUUCCCAGGGCGGAGAGGCAGUGGUUAUCCCAGUAAUAGAGGAGCCCAUGGUGCUUCCAGAGGAUGAUGCCCCUGGGGGCCGCCGGCCCAGGCCCCCCAGCCGAAAGAACCCCUCCGCCGGGAAGGUCCCCUCCAUCGAAGGGUCUACGUCGUCCCGCAGACCGUCUAAGUUUUUUCGGAGUCUGAGCUGUAUCCAGGCCUUCCAGGAGACUUUGAAAGAGAAGCAGGCUCGAUUCAGGGAUGCCAGGGAGGGCCGAAGGAUGAAAAUUGAUGCUACCUGCAAACAUAUAUUUGAAGUCCUCUCAGAAAAACUUGGUUUGGACAUAACAACAAUUGAAGAAAUGGUCUUGGAUAGCCCAUCAAUGGAACCUUUUUUAAUGUUUUUUAAAAAAGACGGUCGUAAAACAUUGAAAUUUAUAUAUCAGGAAGGAGAUGCACCUGGAAUAGAAUGUGGUCGAAUAUUGACCGGAGUUGCGAAAGGAGCAAAAAUGAUGAGAUUAUAUGUAGAUGCUGCACCUGAAAAACUCAAAGGAUUAUGUUUAUUUUUUGUUCGAUGUAGUAAUGACUUUGUUGUAAGCGCAAGGAAUGUAUCUGAGGAUACUCUGUUUGGCUUUCUGGAUGCAUCUGAAGGACUCUUAGUUGGAAUAAAGAAGAUGCUGCAAAAAAUUUAUCUACCAGCUAUUAAUAUAACAACUAAUUGGGGUGCUUUAAACCAAACUAAACAAGGAGAAUCUGAAAAAUAUGCCUUCAUAGAAACCAUUAAUAGAUUCCUUUCCUUUUUAGAUGGUGCUAGAAUAAGUAUUGAGGGAACUGUAGAAUUAAAGAAGAUAGAGAAUAUUGACUUUAACAAAUUGCAGACCUUUGAGGAUGUGACAGUAGCAGCUGCUAAUUCAGAAAUGGUUCAUCAACUAGAAGAUGUACUCAUGAUAUGGUAUAAACAGAUUGAACAGGUUCUAAUUGAGAGUGAACAGAUGAGAAAAGAAGCUGAUGAUUCAGGUCCACUCACUGAAUUGGAACACUGGAAGCGCAUGUCUGCUAAAUUUAAUUUUAUUAUUGAGCAGAUUAAAGGGCCAAAUUGUAAAGCUGUCAUAAAUGUGUUAAAUAUUGCACAUUCAAAAAUAUUAAAGAACUGGCGUGAUUUAGAUGCAAGAAUUACAGAUACAGCAAAUGAAUCAAAAGAUAAUGUUAGAUAUUUGUACACACUAGAAAAAGUAUGCCAACCCCUCUACAACUAUGACCUAGUUUCUAUGGCUCAUGGAAUACAAAAUUUGAUAAAUGCUAUCAGGAUGAUUCAUAGUGUGUCAAGGUAUUAUAAUACCUCAGAAAGAAUGACCUCACUCUUUAUAAAGGUUACAAAUCAAAUGGUGACAGCAUGUAAAGCAUAUAUUACUGAUGGAGGGAUGGCUCAUGUAUGGGAUCAAGAAACACCGGUUGUAUUAAAAAAAAUUGAGGACUGCAUUUUCCUAUUCAAGGAAUAUCAGAAGUCUUUUCAUAAAACAAGAAAGCAGAUUUUGGAAGCCUCAGGGGAAAAAACAUUUGAGGUUUCAGAAAUGUACAUAUUUGGCAAAUUUGAAGCUUUCUGUAAAAGACUAGAGAAGAUUACAGAAAUGAUUACAAUCGUGCAAACAUAUUCAGCUUUGAAUAAAUCUACAAUAGAAGGAAUAGAUAUCAUGGCAAUAAAAUUCAAAAAUAUAUACCAAGGUAUUAAGAAAAAGCAAUAUAAUACUCUGGAUCCACGGAAGACAGAAUUUGAUGCUGAUUACUUAGAUUUUACAACAAAAAUCAAUGGCUUAGAGGUACAAAUACAAACCUUCAUGAACACUACUUUUGGGAGAAUCUUGUCUUCUCAACUUGCUCUUCACCUACUUCAACGAUUUCAAAAGCUAAACAUUCCUUGCCUUCAAUUAGAAAUUGCACAUACCAUUGAACGCAUUCUUCAGUUUUAUGCUGCCGAACUUGAAUCUACAAAAAAACUUUAUCUUGCUAACAAAGACGACCCUCCCCUGGCCAGAAAUAUGCCUCCUAUAGCAGGAAAGAUACUGUGGGUGAGGCAGCUCUACCGGAGAAUUAGUGAGCCAAUCAACUACUUUUUUAACAAUUCAGACAUCUUGUCAAGUCCAGAGGGUAAAGCAGUUAUUCGACAAUACAACAAAAUUUCUUAUGUCCUGGUAGAAUUUGAAGUACUCUACCAUACAGCCUGGGUCAAAGAGAUUUCACAGUUACAAUAUGCCUUACAAGCUACACUUUUCGUACGGCAUCCAGAAACUGGGAAAUUGCUGGUUAAUUUUGAUCCCAAAAUUUUAGAAAUUGUUCGAGAAACUAAGUGCAUGAUAAAGAUGAAACUAGAAGUACCAGAACAAGCAAAAAGACUGCUAAAAUUGGAAAGUACAUUAAAAGGAAAUAAACUAUAUUUGCAGGGUCUUUUGCAGUAUUAUGAUGAGCUGUGUCAGGAAGUACCUACUGUGUUUGUUAAUUUGAUGGCACCCAAAAUGAAAAAGGUAGAAUCUGUGUUGAGACAAGGAUUAACAAUAUUAACAUGGUCGUCUCUAACAUUAGGUGGUUUCUUUCAAGAAGUUGAUUCAGUUAUGAAUAUGUUUAAUCAGCUUUUAAAACAGGUUAAUGAUCUUUGUGAAAUGCAUAUUGAUGCUGUUCUAAAAGACAUGGCAAAAACAUUAUUAAUUUCUUUGCCUGAAGGUGGUGCAACCAAAGUAGACGAUAUGUUAACCCUCAAUGAGGCAUACACAAAGGAAUGGGCUGACAUAUUGAAUCACAAGAGUAGACAUGUGGAAAAAGCUGUCACAGAGCUAAUAACAAUAUUCGAGUCAAUUUAUGAAGUCAAGGAUCCUAAGAAAGCUACCAAAAAAUCAGCAGAACAACAUAAACAUGUGGCUUUUGGAGCUGAGGGAGCUGAAGGAGAGGAACAUAAAGAUGAAAACUUGAGUGAUGCCGAUGAUAAUGAAAAGGAAGAUGAAUUUAAAAAGGAAUGUAAAGAGAUAUAUGCAUAUUUUAGUCACCAAUUAUUAGACAGUCUUCAAAAAGCUACAAGGUUAUCUUUGGAUACCAUGAAAAGAAGAGUACUUGUUACAGGCACUUUUGGGCGAAAAAAAUCUGAAGACAUUAUUUCUUUUAUACAAACUGAAGUACAUCUUGCUAUUCCUAAUGUGGUAAUGAUUCCUAGUUUGGAUGAUAUUCAACAAGCCAUCAAUCGCAUGAUCCAGUUAACUCUAGAAGUGAGUAGAGGAGUGGCCCACUGGGGACAGCAGCAAGUGCGACAUGUGAAGGCAGCAGUAUCCCCAACACACGAGUCCUAUGAAGAAAUUAUUCCUGCAAGGAAGCUGAAAAAUUUUUAUCCUGGAGUUGCAGAACACAAAGACAUUGCUAAAUUGGUCCUACUUCUUUCUUCAUCAGUAAAUUCUUUAAGGAAAGCAGCCUCUGAGGCAUUGUUGGAGUUUCAGAAAUAUAAAGCUCUUUGGACAGAGGACCGAGAUGCUAAAGUUAAGGAAUUUUUGGCUAGCAAUCCUUCUCUGACAGAAAUCAGAGCAGAAAUUCUUCAUUAUGCUACAUUUGAACAAGAGAUUGAAGAGUUGAAACCUACUAUUGUUGUGGGAGCACUUGAAUUACAUACAGGUCCAAUGAAAUUAGCUUUGUCAAUUGAAGCUAAAGCCUGGAAGAUGUUGCUCUGUCGAUAUUUGAAUGAAGAAUACAAAAAGAAAAUGACUGACAUGAUAACAUUUAUAACAGAGUACUUAAAAAAAUUAUCUAGGCCCAUUCGUGACUUAGAUGAUGUCAGAUUUGCAAUGGAAGCCUUGGCCCAUAUACGUGAUAAUGAAAUACAAAUGGACAUGAUAUUAGGACCUAUUGAAGAAGCUUAUACCAUUUUAAAUAGAUUUGAAGUUGAGGUAACCAAAGAAGAAUCUGAAGCAGUUGAUACACUAAGAUACUCAUUUAACAAAUUGCAAAGCAAAGCUUGCAUGGUGCAAGAUGAACUAGUACAAGUUCAACCCAAAUUUAAAAGCAAUCUCCUUGAGUCAGUUGAAGUUUUUCGUGAAGAUGUAUCCACUUUUGCAGAACAAUAUGAACUGGAAGGGCCCAUGGUACCAAACAUAGCACCCCAGGAAGCCAGCAAUAGACUGCAGAUAUUUCAGGCAAAUUUUGAUGAUCUGUGGAGGAAAUUUGUUACAUACUCAUCUGGUGAACAACUCUUUGGAUUGCCUGUCACUGACUAUGAAGUUUUACAUAAAACCAGGAAGGAACUGAGUUUGCUGUCAAAGCUGUAUGGAUUAUAUGAUACUGUAAUGGGCAACAUAAGUGGUUAUUAUGAGAUGCUUUGGGGAGAUGUAGAUAUUGAAAAGAUUAAUCUAGAACUUCAAGAAUUCCAAAAUAGGUGCCGCAGACUUCCAAAAGGACUGAAGGAUUGGCAAGCCUAUUUGGAUCUUAAAAAAAGAAUUGAUGAUUUUAGUGAGUCAUGUCCUUUGCUAGAAAUGAUGACUAACAAAGCAAUGAAACAAAGACACUGGGAUCGAAUUGCAGAUCUAACAGGAACUACAUUUGAUAUAGAAUCGGAUUCUUUUUGUUUGAGAAAUAUUAUGGAGGCCCCACUCCUUAAACAUAAGGAUGAUAUUGAGGAUAUCUGUAUAUCAGCUAUCAAGGAAAAGGAUAUUGAAGCUAAACUUCAACUAGUAGUUGAGAACUGGACCAACCAGAAUCUGAGUUUUGCUGCGUUUAAAGGAAAAGGAGAAUUACUGUUAAAAGGAACAGAAUCAGCAGAAAUUAUUACAUUGAUGGAAGACAGUUUAAUGGUCCUAGGUUCUUUGCUGAGUAACAGGUAUAAUACUCCAUUUAAAAAGAGUAUUCAGACCUGGGUAUUUAAUCUAACAACUUCUUCAGAUAUUAUUGAAGAAUGGAUGAUUGUACAAAAUCUCUGGGUUUACCUUGAAGCUGUUUUUGUAGGUGGAGAUAUUGCAAAACAAUUACCUCAGGAAGCAAAACGUUUUCAGAAUAUUGAUAAAUCAUGGAUAAAAAUAAUGCAACGAGCUCAUGAGAAUCCUAAUGUAAUCAGUUGCUGUGUUGGAGAUGAAACUAUGGGACAACUUUUGCCUCAUUUACAUGAGCAGUUGGAAGUAUGUCAAAAGUCACUAACAGGAUAUUUAGAGAAGAAACGGCUCCUGUUUCCCAGAUUCUUCUUUGUAUCUGAUCCAGUUCUCCUGGAAAUUCUUGGACAAGCAAGUGAUUCCCAUACCAUACAACCACAUUUACCUGCAGUAUCUGAUAAUAUAAAUGAAGUGGAAUUUCACCCAAAGGAUUAUGAUAAAAUGAUGACAGUUAUAUCAAGAGAAGGAGAAAGAAUUCCAUUGGAUAAUGCAGUCAUGGCCAAAGGUCCAGUGGAGAUUUGGCUUCUAGAUUUGUUAAAAAUGCAAAUGUUUUCACUGCACAAUGUCAUUCGAGCAGCCUACUAUCAAAUUAGUGACACUGGUUUCCAACUCUUACCUUUCCUAUAUCAUUUUCCAGCCCAGGUAGGACUGCUGGGAAUUCAAAUGUUGUGGACACAUGAUGCAGAAGAGGCCUUAAAUAAUGCAAAAGAUGAUAGGAAAAUUAUGCAACAGACCAAUCAGAAGUUUUUGGAUAUUUUAAAUAGCCUCAUUAGUCAGACAACUCAUGAUCUAACCAAGUUUGAUAGAGUGAAAUUUGAAACCCUAAUUACUAUCCACGUCCACCAGAGAGAUAUUUUUGAUGACUUGGUAAAAAUGCAUAUCAAAUCAGCAACAGAUUUUGAAUGGCUAAAGCAAAGCAGAUUUUAUUUUAAGGAAGAUUUGGACCAAACUAUAGUUUCUAUCACAGAUGUUGAUUUUAUCUAUCAGAAUGAAUUUCUUGGAUGUACUGAUCGUCUAGUAAUUACUCCCCUAACAGAUAGGUGCUAUAUCACACUAGCUCAGGCUUUGGGUAUGAACAUGGGAGGAGCUCCAGCAGGACCAGCAGGAACUGGCAAAACAGAAACAACGAAAGACAUGGGACGAUGCCUAGGAAAAUAUGUGGUGGUGUUUAACUGUUCAGAUCAAAUGGAUUUUAGAGGCUUAGGACGGAUUUUCAAAGGUUUAGCACAGUCUGGCUCCUGGGGAUGCUUUGAUGAAUUUAACAGAAUUGAGUUGCCUGUAUUAUCAGUGGCAGCUCAACAGAUUUAUAUUGUUUUGACAGCAAGAAAGGAGAGAAAAAAGCAGUUUAUUUUUUCUGAUGGUGAUUGCGUUGAUUUAAAUCCAGAAUUUGGAAUCUUUCUAACAAUGAAUCCUGGAUAUGCUGGACGUCAAGAACUACCAGAAAACUUAAAAAUUCAGUUUCGAACAGUAGCUAUGAUGGUUCCUGAUAGACAGAUAAUUAUGAGAGUAAAGCUUGCAAGCUGUGGGUUUCUUGAAAAUGUCAUCUUAGCUCAGAAAUUCUAUGUUCUUUACAAACUUUGUGAGGAGCAGCUUACGAAACAGGUCCACUAUGACUUUGGUCUAAGAAAUAUCCUGUCAGUUUUGAGAACUCUUGGGGCUCAAAAAAGAGCCAGACCAGAAGACAGUGAGCUAAGCACUGUUAUGAGAGGUCUGAGAGAUAUGAACCUCUCUAAGUUGGUUGAUGAGGAUGAACCCCUUUUCCUCAGUUUAAUUAAUGACCUGUUUCCAGGAUUGCAGCUAGAUAGCAGCACCUAUAAAGACCUACAACAUGCAGUAAGUCAUCAGGUUGAAGAAGAAGGAUUAAUUAACCACCCACCCUGGAAUCUUAAACUGGUACAGUUAUAUGAGACAUCUCUAGUACGCCAUGGAUUGAUGACUCUUGGACCCAGUGGUUCUGGAAAAACAACUGUUAUAACAGUUCUGAUGAAGUCAAUGACAGAAUGUGGACGUCCUCACAGAGAGAUGCGCAUGAAUCCAAAAGCUAUUACAGCUCCUCAAAUGUUUGGCAGACUGGACACAGCAACUAAUGACUGGACAGAUGGAAUUUUUUCUACUUUAUGGAGAAAAACCUUGAAAGCUAAAAAAGGUGAAAAUAUCUUCUUGGUUUUAGAUGGACCUGUUGAUGCCAUUUGGAUUGAGAACUUGAAUUCUGUGUUGGAUGACAAUAAAACUCUCACAUUAGCCAAUGGGGAUCGAAUUCCCAUGGCUCCUAGCUGUAAACUAUUGUUUGAAGUGCACAACAUUGAGAAUGCCUCUCCUGCCACUGUUUCUAGGAUGGGUAUGGUUUACAUCAGUAGUUCUGCUCUUUCCUGGAGGCCAAUAUUACAGGCAUGGCUAAAAAAGCGCAGUUCACAGGAAGCCACUAUAUUACUUGCUCUGUACGAUAAAGUGUUUGAAGACACAUAUGUCUAUAUGAACCUAAAUCUUCAACCAAAAAUGCAACUCUUAGAGUGUAACUACAUUAUGCAGUCCCUCAAUCUUCUAGAAGGUUUAAUUCCUUCCAAGGAAGAAGGUGGUAUUGCUUCUAGUGAACAUCUCGAGAAAUUAUUUGUGUUUGGCCUCAUGUGGAGUUUAGGAGCCCUUUUGGAGUUGGAUAACAGAGAAAAGCUUGAAGCCUUUUUGAGAAAACAUUCAAGCAAAAUAAGUUUGCCAGAUAUUUCUGAAGAAACUAAUCAAACGAUGUAUGAAUUUUUUGUCACUGAUUAUGGUGACUGGGAGCAUUGGAACAAAAAAGUUGAGCCAUAUAUUUAUCCAACUGAUAGUAUUCCAGAAUAUUUAUCAAUUUUGGUUCCAAAUGUUGAUAAUGUUAGAUCUAGUUUUUUGAUGGAUACAAUAGCAAAGCAACACAAAGCAGUUUUGCUCAUAGGAGAACAGGGAACAGCAAAAACUGUCAUGAUUAAAGGUUAUAUGAAAAAGUAUGAUCCUGAAGCACAGUUAUCUAAAUCACUAAACUUUUCAUCUGCCACAGAACCAAUGAUGUUUCAGAGAACGAUUGAAAGCUAUGUGGAUAAGCGAAUGGGAAGCACAUAUGGACCACCAGGAGGGAGAAAAAUGACUGUAUUUAUUGAUGAUAUUAAUAUGCCAAUAAUUAAUGAAUGGGGAGAUCAGGUAACUAAUGAGAUUGUACGACAGAUGAUGGAAAUGGAAGGAAUGUAUAGCUUGGAUAAACCUGGAGACUUCACUACAAUUGUUGAUGUACAGAUAAUAGCAGCAAUGAUACAUCCAGGAGGGGGUCGAAAUGAUAUACCACAACGUUUGAAAAGGCAGUUUACUGUAUUUAAUUGCACAUUGCCAUCAAAUGCAUCAAUAGACAAAAUAUUUGGAGUAAUUGGCUGUGGUUACUUUGAUGCUUGUAGACGUUUCAGGCCUGAAAUAAGUGAUAUGAUAAUGAAAUUAGUUUCAGCUGGUAGAAUACUGUGGCAAUGGACUAAGGUAAAAAUGCUGCCAACUCCAUCAAAGUUUCAUUAUAUCUUCAAUCUUCGAGAUCUCUCCAGAAUUUGGCAAGGAAUGUUAACUAUAAAAGCAGAUGAAUGCAACUCACUUUCUAUCCUUCUGUCACUUUUCAAACAUGAGUGCAACAGAGUAAUUGCAGACAGAUUCAUUUGCUUUGAAGAUGAAAUGUGGUUUAAUGGACAAAUUAGUCGAGUAAUUGACGAACACGUUGACCCAGAUGCAGUAUCAUUACUUCUUCCAGAACCAUACUUUGUAGAUUUUCUCCGUGAUAUGCCUGAACCUACUGGUGAUGAACCUGAAGAUGCUGUAUUUGAAGUACCCAAAAUCUAUGAAUUGGUACCAAGUUAUGAAUUUCUGGCUGAAAAACUAAUGUUUUAUCAGAGACAGUUCAAUGAACUUAUUAGAGGAACAUCUCUUGAUCUGGUGUUUUUUAAAGAUGCAAUGACUCAUCUUAUUAAGAUCUCACGCAUAAUCCGGACAUCAUGUGGAAAUGCCCUGCUUGUAGGUGUUGGGGGUUCAGGAAAGCAAAGUCUUUCAAGGCUGUCCUCCUUUAUAGCUGGAUAUCGGAUAUUCCAGAUAACUUUGACUAGGUCCUAUAAUGUGAAUAAUCUGACAGAUGACUUGAAGGGAUUGUACCAGAUUGCUGGAGCUGAAGGAAAAGGAAUCACUUUUAUCUUUACUGACAAUGAAAUAAAAGAUGAGGCAUUUCUGGAAUAUCUUAACAACUUGCUAUCUUCUGGAGAGAUCUCUAAUUUAUUUGCUCGGGAUGAGUUAGAUGAGAUUACCCAAGGACUAAUAUCAGUGAUGAAAAGGGAAAUGCCUCGUCACCCUCCUACCUUUGAUAAUCUUUAUGAGUAUUUCAUAACAAGAUCACGGAAGAAUUUGCAUGUUGUUCUCUGCUUUUCUCCGGUUGGUGAGAAGUUUCGUGCACGUUCUUUGAAAUUCCCUGGCCUCAUCUCAGGUUGUACUAUGGAUUGGUUCAGUCGCUGGCCUAGGGAGGCUUUGGUUGCUGUAGCCUCCUAUUUCCUUUUGGAGUAUAAUAUUGUCUGUUCUAAUGAAACUAAAAAACAAGUUGUAGAAACAAUGGGCCUCUUUCAUGACAUGGUUUCAGAAGGCUGUGAAAAUUACUUCCAAAGGUAUAGGCGAAGAGCACAUGUGACUCCCAAAUCUUAUCUCUCUUUCAUAAAUGGCUAUAAAAAUAUCUAUGCUGAAAAAUUGAAAUACAUUAAUGAUCAAGCCGAACGAAUGAACAUAGGGCUAAGUAAGCUGAUGGAGGCAAGUGAAUCUGUUGCUCAUCUAUCACUAGAUCUUGCAGUAAAGGAAAAGGAAUUAGCAGUGGCUUCUGUAAAGGCAGAUGAAGUGCUAGCGGAAGUCACUGUAAGUGCCCAAGCAUCAGCCAAGGUGAAAAAUGAAGUUCAGGAGGUGAAAGACAAAGCCCAAAAAAUUGUAGAUGAAAUUGAUUCUGAGAAAGUGAAGGCUGAGACCAAGCUAGAGGCAGCCAAGCCAGCUUUAGAAGAGGCAGAAGCAGCCUUGAAUACUAUCAAACCAAAUGAUAUUGCCACUGUUAGGAAGCUGGCGAAACCUCCUCAUCUUAUUAUGAGAAUCAUGGAUUGCUGUCUAUUACUGUUCCAAAAGAAGAUUGAUCCUGUCACAAUGGAUCCUGAAAAGCCUUGUGUUAAACCAUCCUGGGCAGAGUCUUUGAAAUUGAUGAGUGCGGCUGGAUUCUUAUACAGCCUCCAGCAGUUCCCUAAGGACACUAUUAAUGAAGAGACAGUGGAGCUACUACAGCCAUAUUUUAAUAUGGAAGAUUAUACUCUUGAGAAUGGUAAAAAGGUCUGCGGUAAUGUUGCUGGUUUGCUGUCUUGGACCCUUGCUAUGGCAACUUUUUUUGGAAUUAACAAGGAGGUGUUGCCUCUGAAGGCUAAUUUGGCAAAGCAAGAAGGACGCUUGGCAGUGGCUAAUGCUGAAUUAGGGAAGGCCCAGGCAUUGCUAGAUGAAAAGCAAGCAGAGUUAGAUAAAGUGCAAGCAAAAUUUGAUGAAGCCAUGAAUGAGAAAAUGGAUUUAUUGAAUGAUGCAGAGUCAUGUCGGAAUAAAAUGCAGGCUGCAUCAACCCUUAUUGAUGGACUGAGUGGUGAAAAAGUCAGAUGGACUCAGCAAAGCAAAGAAUUCAAAGCUCAGACUAACAGACUUGUAGGAGAUGUGCUGCUGUGUACUGGUUUCCUAUCCUACCUUGGUCCUUUCAAUCAGAGCUUUAGGACCUUUUUGCUUAAAGAACAAUGGGAAGUUGAAAUGAGAAUUCGGAAAAUUCCAUUCACUGAAAACUUAAACCUGAUUUCCAUGUUGGUGGAUCCUCCAACAAUUGGUGAAUGGGGACUACAGGGACUGCCUGGAGAUGACCUCUCAAUUCAAAAUGGUAUCAUUGUGACUAAGGCAACCCGAUAUCCACUGUUGAUAGACCCUCAAACUCAAGGCAAAACUUGGAUUAAAUCAAAAGAAAAAGAUUUUGAUUUACAGGUGACAUCUCUGAAUCAUAAAUAUUUCCGAAAUCACUUAGAGGACUCCCUUUCUUUGGGACGACCCUUACUCAUUGAGGAUAUACGUGAAGAAUUGGAUCCAGCUCUCGAUAACGUAUUGGAAAAGAAUUUCAUUAAAUCAGGAACCACCUUCAAGGUCAAGGUUGGUGACAAAGAAUGUGAAAUCAUGGAUACAUUUAAACUUUAUAUAACAACUAAGCUUCCAAACCCUGCAUUCACACCUGAGAUUAAUGCUAAAACAUCAGUCAUUGAUUUUACUGUUACAAUGAAAGGACUUGAGAAUCAGUUACUGAGAAGAGUAAUUCUUACAGAGAAACAGGAACUGGAGUCAGAGAGAGUUAAACUUAUGGAAGAUGUUACUUUUAAUAAGAGGAAGAUGAAGGAACUAGAAGAUAACUUACUGUAUAAACUAAGUGCAACAAAAGGUUCCUUGGUGGAUGAUGAAUCUCUCAUUGGGGUUCUCAAAACAACCAAGCAAACAGCUGCUGAAGUAAGUGAAAAGUUACAUGUGGCAGCUGAAACAGAGAUCAAAAUUAACACUGCUCAGGAAGAGUUUCGGCCAGCUGCUACACGAGGAAGCAUUCUCUACUUUCUUAUCACAGAAAUGAGUAUGGUCAAUAUCAUGUACCAGACAUCCUUGGCACAAUUCUUGAAGUUAUUUGAUCAAUCCAUGGCCAGGUCUGAGAAGUCUCCUUUGCCUCAGAAGAGAAUUGUAAAUAUUAUUGAAUUUCUGACUUUUGAAGUUUUUGUAUACUCAGUCAGAGGCCUAUAUGAAAACCAUAAAUUCCUUUUUGUCCUCCUUAUGACCUUAAAAAUUGAUCUUCAAAGAGGAACAGUUAAACAUAAAGAAUUUCAGGCCCUUAUUAAAGGAGGAGCAGCCUUGGAUCUCAAAGCUUGUCCUCCCAAACCCUUUAGAUGGAUUCUUGAUAUGACCUGGCUAAAUCUUGUGGAACUGAGUAAAUUACCUCAAUUUGCAGAAAUUAUGAAUCAGAUAGCGCGUAAUGAGAAGGGUUGGAAAAACUGGUUUGAUAAAGAUACACCCGAGGAGGAAAUCAUUCCUGAUGGAUACAAUGAUUCCCUAGAUACUUGCCGGAAACUUUUGCUUAUCAGGUCCUGGUGCCCAGAUCGUACCAUUUUUCAAGCAAGAAAAUACAUUGCAGAUUCAUUAGAAGAGAAAUAUACAGAACCAGUUAUCUUAAACCUUGAGAAAACAUGGGAAGAAAGUGACACACGAACCCCUCUCAUAUGUUUCCUGUCUAUGGGGUCUGAUCCAACCAAUCAGAUUGAUGCACUUGCUAAAAAACUUAAACUGGAAUGCAGAACAAUCUCUAUGGGCCAAGGACAAGAAGUGCAUGCUCGUAAACUGGUAUCAUUGUCAAUGCAGCAGGGCGGCUGGGUAUUGCUUCAGAAUUGUCACCUUGGUCUAGAGUUCAUGGAAGAAUUAUUAGAAACCCUGCUAACCGUGGAAGCUAAUAAUGAGACUUUCCGAGUCUGGAUAACCACUGAAGCACAUGAUAAAUUUCCAAUCACAUUGCUACAGACUUCUAUAAAGUUCACUAAUGAACCACCCCAAGGAGUACGUGCAGGUUUGAAAAGAACGUUUGCUGGGAUUAAUCAAGACCUCCUUGACGUUAGCAAUUUGCCCAUGUGGAAACCGAUGCUGUACACUGUGGCAUUUUUACACUCCACUGUACAGGAACGACGCAAGUUUGGUCCCUUAGGAUGGAAUAUUCCCUAUGAGUUCAAUUCAGCUGACUUUUCAGCCAGUGUUCAGUUUAUACAGAACCACCUUGAUGAAUGUGAUAUCAAGAAAGGAGUAUCAUGGACUACAGUUCGCUAUAUGAUUGGAGAAGUACAAUAUGGAGGCAGAGUCACAGAUGAUUUUGACAAACGUCUACUUAAUUGCUUUGCUAGAGUUUGGUUCAGUGAAAAGAUGUUUGAACCAACAUUUUGUUUUUAUACGGGUUAUAAAAUCCCAGUAUGCAAGACCUUAGAACAAUACUUUGAAUAUAUACAGUCACUUCCUUCAAUGGACAAUCCUGAAGUUUUUGGCCUCCAUCCUAAUGCUGAUAUCACGUAUCAAAGUAGCACUGCUUCUGGUGUUCUGGAUACUAUUACCAACAUUCAACCAAAAGAAAGUGGAGGAGGAGCAGGAGAAACUCGGGAAGCUAUUGUUUACAGACUAGCUGAAGAUAUGCUCAGCAAACUGCCACCUAAUUAUAUACCCCAUGAAGUGAAAGCUCGCCUGGUAAAGAUGGGACAUCUUAACUCUAUGAAUAUAUUCCUUAGACAAGAAAUUGACAGGAUGCAAAAAGUUAUCACGAGGCUUAGGUCAAGCCUAAGUGAUUUAAAAUUAGCCAUUGAAGGGACUAUCAUCAUGAGUGAGAAUUUGAGAGACGCUCUUGAUAACAUGUAUGAUGCUCGUAUUCCUGCAUUAUGGAGAAGAAUUUCCUGGGAUUCUUCAACACUUGGGUUCUGGUUUACUGAACUUCUAGAAAGAAAUUCUCAAUUUGCUGUCUGGAUAUUUGAAGGAAGACCAAAUGUAUUUUGGAUGACUGGUUUCUUUAAUCCCCAAGGAUUCCUCACAGCGAUGCGGCAAGAAGUAACUCGAGCCCACAAGGGAUGGGCGCUGGAUACAGUGACAAUCCACAAUGAUGUGCUGAGGCAAACCAAAGAAGAGAUCACAGUGCCACCCGUGGAAGGAGUGUACAUUUAUGGUCUGUAUUUGGAUGGAGCUGCCUGGGACAGGAGGAAUGGGAAACUUACAGAAUCAACUCCAAAAGUGCUCUUCACCCAGCUUCCAGUGUUGCACAUAUUUGCCAUUAACUCCACAAGUCCCAAGGAUCCCAAACUCUACGUGUGCCCUAUUUACAAGAAACCUCGGAGAACGGACCUAACCUUCAUCACAGUGGUAUACCUGAGGACCAUCCUGUCCCCGGACCACUGGAUUCUGAGAGGAGUGGCUCUUUUGUGUGACAUCAAAUAAAUUCUGAUCCAGCCACAGCAAGGUCCUAUCCCUGCUGAUGGCAUUGAACCAUACGAAUCCCCAGUUCUAUUGAUUUUCUUUAGGGAAUGUGGCAUCUUUUAUUUAGAAUUAUGAUAAAUGAGCUUGUUUCCUCCUCUAGGAUUUCUUUAUUGCAUUUUUGAAAUGCCAUUUUGAUUGGUUGCAUCCUGUAUUCUUAUUUUUUCCAGAGAUAAUAUUCAACAUGCAGAUUCUAACUUUGAUCCUUUUAUUUCUAAAAAUCAGUGGAGGCAUUCAUUUUACUAUAAUGAGUUUUAUAAAGAUGAAUCUGUCUUUAUCUUAGAGGAUUUAUAAAGUGACUUGAAAGAACUAAAAACCAGGUAAUGACUUGUUCAGUUCCAAAAUUAAUUUUUCCCAUACAAAUUUUUCCUUUAAAUAAAAACAAUUUAUUGUUUAUGCCA